AAAAAAAAAUAAAAAAAGUUAUAAAUCUAAAUAAAAAUAAUAUGUAAAGUGUAAAGUGCCCAGUAGUUGUUUUUCAGUGAUUUAAAUGAUUUUUUAUCAUCUCUAAUUUAAAUACCCAGGAUCUUUUAUUAUUUUAAUUAUCUUCCUAUUAGAUUCUUCUCCUAACUUCAUCCUUACAUCAUCAUUUGAACGCAAGAUUGUUCUGGAUUAAUUAAAACCAUUGAUAAUUAUUUUAUUAAUGAGGAAUCUAACACCACAAUUGAAGUCAAUAGGACAAGAAUGACGAUGGGCUCAAAUCAAACGGAGCCACUUUACUGUGGCAAAGGGAUAAAUGAUUUUCACGCUGGCUACUAUGUAUGGCACGGCUAUGUCUCCCUAUUCGUCUGCAUUCUCGGAAUCAUAGCCAAUACCUUGAAUAUUAUUGUUCUAACCCGACGAGAGAUGCGCUCGCCCACCAAUGCCAUACUCACUGGCCUCGCCAUAGCUGACUUGACAGUGAUGAUUGACUAUAUUCCAUUUGCGUUUCACGGAAACAUCCUACCCAGUAUGAAUUAUCCCCGCGAAAAACAAUUAACCUACAGCUGGGCGUGUUUUGUGAAAUUUCAUUCCAUUUUCGCACAAACUUGUCACACGAUAUCAAUAUGGCUGACGGUGACGUUGGCCGUUUGGCGCUACAUUGCUGUUGUCUUUCCCCAAAAGAACCGCCUGUGGUGUGGCAUGCAGACGACCAUACUGACCAUAGCAACAGCAUUUGUUGUAUGUCCGUUAAUAACGAUUCCACCGAUAUAUAUAGGAUUCAGCAUAACACCUUUCAACGAAAUGCUUGACAGUCAUGGCAAUAAACUAGUGACAUCUGUAACGGAUUUCAACACAACAAUUAGUUCAACACUUGUGCCACCAGAGGGUCGCAAUGUCACUCUGUACAAAGUGUCUAUGAGUCAAUUAGCCCGCGAUUAUCCGUUUAUAAUGAAUUCGAAUUUCUUCAUCUACAGUGUGCUUAUAAAACUGAUUCCAUGUUUUGCUUUGACCAUGCUAAGUGUAAGGUUAAUAGCUGCCCUAUUGGAGGCGAAACGCCGACGAAAGCAAUUAACAAGUAACUCGAAUGGAAUGAAGCACAUAGUGAAUGGUAAGGUGGUGGAUAAACCACGAAAAAAUAGUAAGACUCUGGAGAAGGAAAAGCAAACGGAUCGCACAACGAAAAUGCUGCUGGCGGUUCUGCUACUCUUUCUAAUGACAGAAUUUCCUCAGGGCAUUCUGGGACUGCUUAGUGCCACCUUGGGAGAUCCGUUCUUUGAGCAGUGUUACAUCAAAUUGGGUGAGGUGAUGGACAUUUUGGCCUUAAUUAAUUCCGGCAUCAACUUUAUCCUGUAUUGUGCUAUGAGCCGGCAAUUCCGCACAACAUUUGUUUUGCUAUUUCGUCCGAAAUUCCUCGACAAAUGGCUGCCGGUUGCACAGGACGAUGAUAAUGGCCGGACGGAUAUGGGUCACGAUAAUAAUGGUCACACACAAACACAAGUCUCGCAUGUGUAGCAUAAACAGCGAUGUUGCUACCUCGAGGAUACCAGUCAAAAGUCGUCUGCAUCGAAAUUUAAAAUUCUAGAAUGUUUCAUUUGCAAUUUGAAACGAAAUUCACACCAGCAUCCGAAUGAGAAACAGCAGCAGUAUCAGAAUACAACGAAACCAGAAUGUUCCUUAUUGUAGGUUAGCAACGCAAAGCUUAUUUUACUAAUACAUAUUAUAUAAAAUACAUAUAUAAAAUAAUAAUCUAUUUUUUUAAAUUAAAUUUAAACUAUAAAUUAUAAAUUAUCUCUUGGGUUUCAUACUAAAAUAUAAACAAAAAUCGAGUAUUUAUAAUUUUGAAGGAUAAAAAUUAUAAAGUGAAAAUUUAUUUUUGUCAGAAAUGCAUAAAUUUUGUAUUUAUAAAUAAUUUAAAAAAAAAUGUAAUAUAGAAAUGAAAAGGUUUUACAUAAAAAAAAAUAUUUAGAUUUUAUAAAAACAAAAACGAAACAAAAAAUAAACAAAAUUAUAAAUACCAGGGAUGUGAUACGAAUGCGGUAUGUCAUUUAUAAAUAAUUAAUAAUAAUAAUCUAUGAUAAAUACAUAUAAAUUUUAUAAACUUUUUAGAAUUAAAACAAACACACAACAAGAACUAUAUAGGAAUUAAGUUUUAGGCAUAAAGAAAUUGAUUUAUCUGGUAGUUAUUUGACAGGAAUUGUUAAACAU